AUGCAGAUCGCACUUCCCGGAGUCGCGUUAGUCACGGGCGCAGCCUCAGGUAUUGGAGCAGGGCUUGCCAUUUAUUUCGCCAAAGAAGGAUGUACAAAGCUGUUUCUGGUAGACGUCAACUUCAGCGGGCUCAAAGAUACCAAGGCGCAUAUUGUCGCUGAAGUCCCCAACGUCAGGGUGGAAAUCUUUCAAGUGGACAUCGGUAGUGAUGCUUCAGUGGAAAGAAUGGUCGAUGCAUGCGUGGCCAUGUUUGGACGUCUAGAUUAUGCAAUCAACCUUGCGGGUGUAGUCCCUGCUAGAACGCCGAUUGCAGAGACGCCGGUGGCUAUAUUUGAUAAGGUUGUUUCUAUAAAUCAACACGGUACUUGGCUAUGCCACCGGGCCGAAAUCCGACAAAUGCUAAAGCAGGAUCCCCUCCCCAGCUUAGGCAACGUGCGAGGGAGCAUAGUCACAGUAUCUUCAUUGGCAGGGCUCAAUGCCUCAAGUGGAAUGUCACCAUAUUCUGCUUCGAAGCACGCUAUGGUCGGUUUCGCAAAGACAGACGCUCAGGAUUACGGUCCACAAGGCAUUCGAAUCAAUGUCAUAUGCCCUGGCAUGAUUGACACAGCCCUAUUUCGGCAGACCAGCCCCCCUGAUGCUCCGCUCAAGCUUGCCAAUAUCACACCUGUCAGACGCCUGGGGAAUCCAGAGGACGUCGCCUUCCUUGCAAUAAUCUUGUGCAGCUCACAAGCAACUUUCUUACAGGGAGCUGUCAUCCCUUGUGAUGGAGGGCUGUCACUACAAAGGGGAGUGCUCUAG